GCGGGGUGGGGUCAGCUCUGCCCGCGCCCGGCCGGGGCUGGGCAGCAGGGUGCGUUGCGCGGCGGUGCUGGUGUCUGAGGCGGCGGCUCAGCUCCUCCGCCCCUCGGUGCCCUGGCCCCGCCGAAACCGGAGAGCUGACCCUUUUCAAGCCAGAGAGCGCAUCUGCCUUUGUGCUGAAGAAGGUGCUGUGAACACUCUCUGACCAGAAGGAAUCGUAGCCGGGAUCCCCGGCAGCACACGCGCCCUACGAGACAGUAGCCGAAACUGCUCCACUGCAGUAAGAAGUAUUCUCACGUGCUGGGGCCUGGAGCCGAUGGCAGACAAUGUCAACAACUAACAACAUAGCGCAGGCCCGCAAGCUGGUGGAGCAGCUCCGCAUCGAAGCCGGCAUCGAGAGGAUCAAGGUCUCGAAAGCAUCUUCGGAGCUAAUGAAUUACUGCGAGCAACAUGCCAGGAACGACCCACUGCUGGUUGGAGUGCCCGCUUCGGAGAAUCCUUUUAAGGACAAAAAGCCUUGUAUCAUCCUAUAGCUUUCCUCGCUCCGGCGCGUGCGAUCUCUCAGGCAGGGCACCGUUCUCCAUCAACUGAAACCAAGCUACAAACUUACAACUGCGCCGAGGGGUAAACACUAAAUGUUGGAUUCAAAUAGAACUUAAAUCUCAAGAAAAAAAAAAAAAAAAAAAAAAAAAAAAAUUUACAGGUGGUUUAGGGAAGGGUGUCUGCUCCUGGGCAGGUGCCGCACUGAGAGGGGUCAAAAUAUAAAAACGGGAAAAAAAAUAAAACAGGGUUGAGGGGUGGGGGGAGUAUUUUUAAUAGAGACAUUCGAAAUUGGUACCAGGGUGGUGGAGGCGGUGGGGGUUUUAUUGCAUUUGCCAAUGGGAUGUGGGAUGCCAGGCCUGAGUAUUGGGAGCUGGCCUGUAGAAGCUUUGAGCAAAGCUCUGCGUGGGUCUGAUCCAAUUAGUUUCCACUUAGCGCAUCGUUGCAAGAAUUUGCUCUGUUUCUUGAGAGGGAACAAGGGAGAAGCGUCCAGGUGGGGAGCUAUUUUGUAGAAAAGUAGUACAAAAAAGAAAAAAAAAAAAGAAAAAAAAAAGGCGAAACAAAACCCAACCAAAACACGGCUUAAAAAAUUGCUGUUGCACACAUGGAUGAACCGAGGCUGGGGGGAGGAGGAGGAGGAUGGAGGCCGGGGGGGUCCGCCCGGACGAGGGGACGGCACCGCGGGGAAACGCUCUGCGGCGGCAGAUCCGUCGGCUGAGAGAGUUCCCGUGAGCGGCGUUGGGCGGCCCGAGGCGCGGGACAGGCCGGGCUCGAGCCCCACCAGUCGCUUCGGGGGCUCCUCUGUGUUCUUACCGCUGUUCUCCCCAUGCGGGACUGUACCGGGGGCAGGAAGGGGCUCUCUGUUGUGCAGCAGCAUGUGAGAAAUCUUUCAAAAUUGGCCUUUUGGAGAGUCUCAGUCCGAAACACUAAAAUUGGCAGAUUUCCUAGCGUUUCCCAUCCCUUUUUCUCACUGAGCGUGGCAGGUGGAAAUCGUCCUGCCAGAGCCAGUUAAUUCGGGGAGAUGAGGGUAAGGCUGUAGGAGAAAUAGUUCAGUUCCCAUCCCUCAGUCAUCUUGAAAUAUGAUUUAAACGGGGAGCGCUUCGCUCACCGGUGUGGACCGGACAGCCCGGCUCGGAGCAGCCCGCGAGGAAGAGGGGGCGAGCAGGCGAGCCUUCCUCCCGCUGCCCUGCGGAGUGAUGGAGCCCGGCGGCUCUGUGCUCGACGCUCGAGUGAAAGAUCAGAGCUCAGGGACGUCCCAGCGCGUGUCCCCUCGCCCGCUUCCAGCUCGGCCGGGGAGGGGACGGGACCGGGGGUUGGAUUUAAGCGAGCAAGGUCGGUCUGUCGGCGGGGCAGAGCGCGGGGCUCGGUGGCUCCUCGGGACGGUGAGACACGGCAGUGACACGGGUCGGGGUCCUGACCAGCCCACCGGGACCCGCUCCCGGUUAGUCUGAGCACAGGCACCCCGUGCUGGGGUCUGAGUGCAGGCGGUGCUGGGUUUCGGUUUGGGGAAGAGGACAAAAAAAAAAAAAAAAAAAAAAAAAAAGGGGGGGGGGUGUUGGAAAACAACAACCCACACCUGAUGUGAAAUCCUGUGAAUUAUUUUCCUAUUCCCCCAAUGUUUUGGAUUCGGUUUGAAACGCCAUGACCUCCCGCCGGGGUGGGAACCGCCCGCGGCCGACCCCGUCCCAGGACAGGGAGCUGCUCCCAUCGCCGCCCCCGGGAGAAGGGCCGGAGGAGACCCUCGGGAUGGGGUCUGGGGGAGACGGCCGAACCGCGCUCCCGCUUCCCGCCGCGGUUCGGAAACCUCGCAGCCCGUGCUGGGUGCUGCGUGCGCUUAGGCUGGUCGGAGUCGCUGGUCCGGGCAGGGCACUGGGAGGCUUGGCUGGGUGGUUUUUUGGAGGUUGAUGGUGUCCCCAGGGCUGUCCCCGGCUCCCGAAGGCGGGGGGAGCUGCGCAGGGCGAUGCCGGAGCCUGCGGCCGUGCAGCUGGUCCCCGGGGAAGGCGCGGCGGCAUCUUCCAGGAGGAAGAGCGGCAUCGGGGGGGUCUUCCUCCCGCGGCGCAGGGGUGGGCUGAGUGCGGCCGUGGCACCGGCGGAGGCUGUGGUUAGCAGAGCUGCUCCAUUUACACUUCUUGGUUGCAGGUAUCUAUCUCGCCAUCGGUUCUUUUAAGUACGUGAUCACUCGCCUUUUUCAACGGAGUUGGAAAAAAAAAAUAAAAAAAUAAAAAAAGAAGAAGCACCACCACCACCACAUUUUUAACACUAACGCAAACCGCAGCACCUCCUGUGUACGUCUUGCAGCUGCUUUCCCGGGGGCCUUUGCUGAUCUGAGUGGUUUAAAACCUCCCACCUCCCCCGCGCUGUGUCACGGGCUCCUGUCCUGGCACCGGCCUUGGGGCAGCUUUGCUGGUGCCCCCCUGGAUUUCGCCCCGUCGGGAUGCGAGCCCCGGGGGAGGUGGAGCGGAGGGAAGUGCAUUUAUUUCCCUCUACGGCCAAGCGUGUCCCCAGCCCGGCACCGCGCGGAGCAUCAUCCAUCAGCCACGGCCGGCAGCCCCGGCACAGCAACACCCGAUGCCUUUUUGUUGUUGUUUUUUUUUUUUUACUUUUUUUUUUUUUUUUUUUUUUUUUAAAUCAUCCAACGUAACUUCAAGCUCUCGAACGCCGCGUCUGUAGCGGCAAGCGAGCUCGGUCCUGAGGUGCGCCUGGGUUUUGCCACAGCAGGGCUUUCUCUUCUCCAGGAGGGAAUUUCCUCUGUCCUUAAUCUAGUACAGUUCCAGCCUUAUUUUUCUACUCCAGAUUGCUGAUUUCUUCCUCUAUGUUAGAGACCAGUGCAUGGUGCUAUAGCCGGUGACCCAGGCGAGCGCCCGAGCCGCAGCUCAGCCAGAACCCGUGCUCCGCGGCCGAGGUUACUGCUCCAGCCCCGGCCCGGGACCGUGUCCCCCCCACCCCAUCACCGGCUCGUGUUGCCCGUGGGGACCCCCCGGCCCCACCACCCGCCUGCCCUGCCCGCAUCCCGCCCCCCCCCCGGCCCCCGGGAUGGCAGCGGGGGGGCUUGCGCCAGGAUGCUCUUGGUGGCAAAGCCAGGCAGGCGUGCCACGGUCCAGCAAAUCGGGGUCAGUCCGUGUGUGUGUGUCCCCUCCACCUCGCCCUUCCACACUCAUCCUCAGCGUCUCGCCCGAGUCGUGCCGGCGGUGGGACGGCCGCCCAGGGGCGAGGCGGCGGGGUUUGGGGGUUCGGGGAUUCGGGGAUUCGCUUCCCCCCAGAGCCGGGGGAAGGGGACAGGGAGCGUCAGCUCGGGGACCCCCGGGAGCUUGGGGACGGGGCUGGGGGCUCCCGGCGCGGGGCUGCGGGUGGGCCGGCGGCAGCAGGGUCCUGCCGGGAGCCGAGGGGGUGGCAGGGUGCUGCCAGCGGGUGCUGGUGUCUCUCGGUGGGUGACUCGUUAGGUGGAAAAAUCCUCGACUUUUUUUUUUUUUUAAUUUUUUUUUCCUUGUCUGAGUAAAUCGGUGAUCAUACUGUAGAUGUUUUUGUAUAGCAUAAAUAUAAGUGCAAAUUACAGUAGUUGCUUGUACUUUGUUAGUGCAUUUGCCAAAAAAAAAAAAAAAAAAGAAAAAAAAAAAAAGGAAAAAAAGGAGGGGAAAAAAAAAAAAAAAAAGACACUUUUCAGGACUUUUUAAGUGCUCCAGAUGGCGAAGGGGGAGCGGGGAGCCGGGGCCUCCCCUGUGCCGCUGCUGGGGCGUGGGGCAGGCGCUGCCAGCAGCCCCGGCUCCACAAAGGCCUUUUUUUGGACGUAAACACAUGCCCAAAUCUGUCUGGCGUUUCUUUUUAGCAUGUGGUGAAGCCGUUGCCAAAAAUAGAAAGGAGAGAGACUGCAAAAGAAAAGGGACAGAGGAAACAUUGCUUCUAUUUAAUUUUUUGGUCCGUUUUCCUUGUCCUGCCCUCCCUGUCUCGGGGAGCGUCCCGGCGGCGCAGCCGGAGCCGGGAGACGCCCGGGCACCCACACAGCACCCACCGACCGGCCGGAGCCCCCGGGGCCGGGCAGCUCCCCCUUCCCCCGGGUACUUAAAAAGUCAACUUUAUUUAACAAAGUAAAAAUAACGCAUUUACUUCAUUGAACUGAAGCCACGCGUCUGAUACUUCGCGCCCUUAAUUUUUUCUCUCUGGUCUAUUAUUAUUAUUAUUAUUAUUAUUAUUAUUUGCCAAACUCUGAUCUUGUUGCCAAACGCAAAUCAAGGUUUGUAAAGACUGUACUUAGGAAGUAAUCGGUGUCUGUAACGUAGGCUCCUCAUAACGUCUGCAUUUUCGGAUCUCUGAUUUUUAUUUCUGGUGUGCCAUAGACCAAUUUCUUGCACAGUGUUUAAUAUUUUGUGGAAUUGUUGUUAAGAAGUGAAUUGAUAACACAAUAAAAAGGCUCACUUUUCAUUUUGCCAGA